AUGUGGCCAACCAGAUCAGUUCUUCUGGUAGUUCUCUUUUUCAUGCAAAUUUUCGCUCUUAUCUCGGCUGCACCACUCUACGCCCCCGACAACACCGAUCCGUCAACAUUGCUGAGCAGAUCACGAGUGAAGCGGCAGUGGGGUGGUUACUACAAUUAUUUCAGUCCAGGAUUCGGAGGCUUCACACCGAAUGGAUACUACAGCGUGAGAGGAUUCGGUAUUGGCCCGUUUGGAGGACGGGAGAUCGGAUCAAUCAAUCUUAGCUCGGUGAAUCUUUAA